CCAUUGUGGUGGGGUAGCACCUGUAGAGCCUGUAUACAUCUGUUGAUUCAUAGCAUUGAAUUGCAGGACGACUAACUUCACCUGGCUCUGAGCAUAAGCAAACCACAGUACCAGAAUCAUCUGAAGCUGGAUUGAUCUGUCCGACUGGAUCAGCGGAGGAUCUACCUGGGGCUUCUAUCAGUUCGGUCCAGUGGGACCCCAUUGUUCUGUUCUGCUCCUGAGCCAUGGUCAGAGUUUAAAAUCUGCAAUAUGAGCAUAACUCCAUCCGUCUCCCUGGAAAGCCCUCUGACCGCCACCUGGGGACCCGCUAACUCUUAUCACGACGGUCCACUGGUGAUGUCCAGCUACACAAGUCGCCUGUGGUCCCACGACUCCCAGCCUCAGUUCUGGAGCAAGUACCAGGUGUGGGAGUGGCUGCAGCAGGUCAUGGAUAUCCACCAGAUUGAUGCCUCCGCCAUUCCCUUCCAAAACUUUGACAUGGACGGCCAUCAGCUUUGCAGCCUGAACUACCAUGACUUCAUCCGUGCUGCUGGCAGUGUGGGACACAUUCUUUACAACAGCAUCACAGAGCUAAAAUCGGGCGGCCAGUACCAUGUGGAUAUCGGGCAGCUGGAGAUCAAACAUGAAACUGACUUAUGUCCAUUUCCAGAUGUCAGCUAUCCACCCGGAGAAGUCUAUGAUCCUUUGGUUCACUCACAUGCUCCCAAUGUCUCUCCCACCCCUUCAAGUCCUGACAUUAAACGGUCCUUUAGUCGAAGUCAUCAGGUCAAAAAACACAACCCGAGAGGAACCCACUUGUGGGAGUUCAUCAGAGACAUUCUUCUGAACCCAGAGAGAAACCCUGGGCUGAUCAAGUGGGAAGAUCGAACAGAGGGGGUAUUCCGUUUCCUGAAGUCUGAGGCUGUGGCUCAGCUAUGGGGAAAGAAGAAGAAUAACAGUAGCAUGACCUAUGAGAAACUAAGUCGUGCAAUGAGAUAUUAUUACAAGAGAGAAAUUUUAGAGCGAGUGGAUGGGCGCAGACUGGUUUACAAGUUUGGAAGGAAUGCAAGAGGAUGGAGGGAGACAGAGAAGUGAUAAUUUCAUUAAUUUAUUUUUUUUCAUGCCUUAUGUGCAUAAUUGUAACAUUUGAAUGUGGUUUUCAGUUGACUUUUUUUUUUUUAAAUAUAGGUGUGUUUAAGUUGUUUACAAGUGUUUUCUAUUUUUAUUUUGUAUUUCUUGUUAUGUUUCCCUUUGCAUUGCCACUGCACUGAGGUCUUUCUUGAGCUGUGCCAGUCAGACCUCGAAAGUUGUGUUUACAUAAUAUUUUGCAGAUGAAAAGCUAAGCAAAAGCACUAAGAAAACUGAGUACGAAACACAAUGAAGCUUGUGUGUGUUUUUGUUUUGUUGUUGAUGAAAUGCAUUUUUGAAAAUGUAAGUUCCAAAGGAACGCAUGUUUGAUGUCGCUGUUCAAGCAUGUGUGACAAAUUUGUGUUACGUGUUUUGACACUGAUACUGUGAAAUGUCCUUUGGGAAGCAUGCUUGCUCAUUCACUUAAGUUAAAAUUAAAUGAAAUUAAAUUUAAAAACAUCCCAUAGGCACAGUGCAAGAAAUGUAUACAAGGUGAAAUAUUAAUAUUCACUGGAAUUUUGAAGCUUACUUUGUCUUAUUACAUGCUUUGCUUUUUUUUUAAUUGUAAAGAAAGUGUAUGUGUUUUUAGAUGUUUGAUACAAAUAAAGUUUGCAAUUGUUUUAUUUCAUCCAAGUCAUUUUUGCAUGCUGCCAAAUGUAAAAUAGAGCGGAUCAGUCAACAAAACAAUGAUGUUUCCAAAGCAUCGUGCUAAUUGUAGUAAAAAAUUUAAAUAAUAUUGUCAGCUGGCUGUAGUUAACAGCAACAGUUCAAACAUCUUUUUUUUUUUUUUUUUUUUACUGCUGAACCUGCUACAAGCUAAUGUGUGAAAAGACCUGCGUACAUAGAGAGUGCGGGUUUCUUUUGUUUAAUCGUGACACUGUGAAAUGCCACACGGUUAAUUGUUUGCCAGUGUGUGAACAAGCUGGUUCCAGUAGGCAGCUGACAAACAACUGGUCCACGAUUGGCUUCCAGAUAAAAGCAGUGUCAAUAAAAGACUUCUUUCUUUGGCCUGUGCUCACAAGCAAAUUCACGUCUAAUCUUCUCCCGGACUUAUCUGGCAUUUGGUGACCCCUCUUUACAUAGUGUGACAUUCACUGACACUUCAUUGUGUCAUUAUCUUAACUGAUGGCAUCAAAGUUGUUCUUGCACACUGCUGCAUCUAUCUCUUUAAUUUUCACUCUUUUGUCCUCUAUUCCAUGCACACAUAUUGCAAUAUUGCCAGCGGAAGGGACAUGUGAUGUCAUUAUUCAGAAUAAAACACAGUUUUUGUCUGACAAAACCCGAUGCAAUUUCUGAAAAACAACCAGGACACAGUUUAUCCUGCCAGGGAAGGUACUUAUUUCAGAAAUUAGCUGUGAUUUUGUAAUUUUUUUUACUACUCUGUAAAUUAAAAUCACUUGUAUCCUAAAAGUAAGAUGGAGCCAGUGCAUACUCAUUAUUGAAUUGGAAUCAGACGCUGCUGAUUGCCACAUUGUUAAUAUACAUAAAAAAAAUCAACUGUUCAAAUUAAAAUCCUCAUGCAUCAUAUCUCUAUUGUUCAGAUUCCACAUCGUCUUUUAAAAGUACAGCAUGUUUCAAUUUCUUACGCAUUUGGUGAACUCUACAUUUGCACCAUUUUUUGUACAAAAAAAAAAAUCUGAAA